UUAUUGUUUGGGACAUAGACUGUAUCAGCUCCAAUUUCAAUAAAAAUUAUUUAAGUUCCCUGUGUCUUCAACAAGAGAAGAAGCGUACUCUUCUUCUGUAACUUUCUUUUCCAGAAUGAAUGCUCUUUCACUGUUUCUCAUCAUCUACCAUUCCUUAAUUGUGUUACUACCUUACAAUGGUUUGGUUUCCCUGGCUAAUUAUAACCACCUGCACCCCAAUGCUCGCAUGCCCCUCUACGGUGACAUCCUCUCUUAUGGUUACUAUGCGACGAAGCUAUAUAUUGGCACACCUCCGCAGGAGUUCACACUUGUUGUGGAUACCGGUAGUAAUAUGACUUUUGUUCCAUGUUGCGGAAGUGAAGAGUACUGCGGCAAACAUGAGGAUCCGGCGUUCCAAACAGAGUCAUCAAGCACCUAUCAGCCAGUAAAUUGCCACCCUAGUUGUGACUGUGAUUAUUUGAGAUCACAAUGUAGUUAUAAGAUGCACUACGGUGAUGGAAGCUAUAGCAGGGGCGUCCUUGCUGAGGAUAUAAUUUCUUUUGGAAAUGAAAGCGAGUUUGCACCUCAGCGAUUGGUUUUCGGCUGUGAACUUGAUGCAAUUGGUAGUCUUUACAGCCUACGUGCCGAUGGCAUAAUCGGUCUGGGUCGAGGCAGAUCAACCAUUGUGGAUCAACUUGUUGACAAGGGUGUAAUUAGUGAUUCAUUUUCGUUAUGUUAUGGUGGGAUGGAGGGUGGAGGUCAUAUAAUUCUUGGUAGCUUUUCUCCUCCUCCCUCUGAUAUGUUUUUCACCUACUCAAACCCUGGGCGAAGUCAAAAUUACAAUGUUGAGCUGAUGGAAAUACAAGUAGCUGGAAAACCACUGGAGUUGAAUCCAACAAUCUUUAACAGAAGCCAUGGAACUAUAUUGGAUAGUGGAACUACAUUUGCCUUUCUUCCAGAAAAUGCUUUUAUCGCAUUUAAGAAUGCUAUUUUGAGCCAAACCCGUUUCCUCAAACGCAUAGAGGGCCCAGAUCCAAAUGUAGAUGAUAUUUGCUUUUCCGGUGUUGAAAGGGAAGCAAUUUCCAAUCCAUCAAAAAUAUUUCCAGAGGUGAACCUGGUAUUUAGCGAUCAUCAAAUUUUGUCCCUAUCUCCAGAGAAUUACCUGUUCCAGCAUCGGAAUGUUACUGGUUCAUAUUGCCUGGGGAUAUACCAAAACAAGAAUAAGAAGGAUCAGACUACAAAUUUAGGAGGAAUCAUUGUGCGAAAUACGCUUGUGACUUAUGAUCGACAGAAUAAUAGGAUUGGCUUCUGGAAAACUAAUUGCUCUGAACUAUGGAAGAGACUGGAUGUAGCAACAUUUGGACUUCCUAUUUCGCUAUCCACUACGGAAUUUUCUCCUACAGGUGAACGCCAAUCAAACUCUGACAUGGAAAAUUCAGGUGGCGGCAAUAGAAUCAUGCAUGAUGAACUUUAAGAGGCUAAACUUUCUUGCUCUCUUAUAAUUAAUCACUUGCUAUGUAUUAGUUGAAUAAGUCACAAUCCUUUUACGGUUAAAAAAAUGGUUGUGAAUUGUAAUAACAUGCAUACAAGUAAAGAAGUCCAUCUGCAAUAGCGAAUGGAAGUCCUUAGUUGGGGGAAAUAUGUUAUUAUGAUUGCCUGGUAGAGACACGAAUGGGGUCGAAUGAAAUCUUAUUCCCUUUCGUGGAUGUCACUGCUAAUGUUUCAGGACUAAAACUUGAAUUGCAAGUUGAAUCUGAGUUUUAA